AUGUUACAAGUUUCUAAGCGACCAGCUGAUGCCGACGACUUCUGUAAGACUUGCCGUUUUGUUUUCUUUAAGUCGGUAAGAAUUAUUUUGUUUCUUCUUUCAGAUGGCAAACGGCAACGUUUGGAUGUCGCAUUACAGGGCGAAGAUGCCUCGACGAAACCCAGAACUUCUUCAUUAUUGGCGCCUAUUAUGCUUUUAACGGGACAUGAAGGGGAAAUCUUUGCUUCUAGAUUCUCAAAGAAUGGAAAAUAUUUAGCCUCAGCUGGAUUCGAUCAGAAGAUUCGUAAGUUAUUACCUAUUUUUUAUUUAGUAUUUAGUGUUGUGGAACGUUCAUGGGCAAUGUGAAAAUUUUGCAACAUUGAAAGGGCACACUGGGGCUAUUUUGGACGUUCACUUUAGUACUGAUUCCAAGUAAGUUAAUACAUGGCGUCAAAAAAAAUGGAAACUUAUUUUUAUCGCUAUAUUUUAUUUUAACAAACAAAAGUAAUAAUCAAUAUAAGUAACAUAGACCAUUGUUGGUGCCAUAUUCGGCCUGUUUCAAAGUGGCUGCUCUUGGCGGCGAUGUAGCUCCAAAACGUGACUUUGAAGCUACAUCGCCGAAUUUUGGGCGAAGGGCAGCUUUUUUUGGCGAAACCGGUCCCGUUCCUGUCCAGCGAUUACUUAUCGACUGCAAACUUUUAUGGCGUAUAGUAGAGGUGCUGGUCUCCAAUCGAAAAAUUAUAGCCAGCGGAUUCAAAUCUGGCGAGAAGGCGGGCGCACACUGCGGGCAGCUGAAAUAUUUGCGGGCAGCCGACACUUGAGGGUUACUUGGUGGAGGUGGAAAAAUUACUGCGGUAUUUUGGAAAUUUGCCGACAUUUGCGGGUUACCGUCGUUGUGAUUCUCCUUGUAUCGUGUGAUUACUUUCGACACAACGUGCUUUCUAUACCGAGAAAGUCAACAAUCCGAACAGCUCAAAAAUCGCAGUCCCUUUGUUUGACAUUUAAACACGGAGAAUUCAAUGGUAAAAAGAAUCAUUUGGCUACAUCAAAUAUUUUUGCGUCAGGACCUAUGAAAAAAGUUUCCAUUUUUUUGAAACACCCUGUAAAUAAAAGCUCUUGAAAUCGUUCAGUUUUGUAUUUUCUUGCGGUACCGACAAGACUGUAAGGAUAUUCGAUAUGGAGGACGGUCGAUGUGUAAGACGAUUCAGAGGGCAUUCCGAGAUCGUGAAUAGCUGUCAUCCAGCGAGAAGAGGGCCGACGAUCGUAGCCUCGGCAUCUGAUGACGGAACUGUUUUGGCAAGUCUUUUUUUUGGCGUUGUUUCGGAUCUCCUUUUAUGUUUAAUAUGGAUUUGUUUUAGAUAAACGAUGUUCGAGCGAAACACCCGACUUUGAAGAUAAAUUCUCUUCACAAUUAUCAAGUCACAUCGGUUACGUUUAAUGAUAAUGCACAAGAAAUAAUUUGCGGAGGAAUAGACAACACUCUAAAGGUUUGUAAUCUUUAACAACACUCAUGUUUUUAGCAAUGGGAUCUCAGAAGAGGACUUUUGAAUACUUUCGAAGGACACGAUGACUCCAUUACGGGGCUUUCUCUCAGCCCUGAUGGUCGCUUUGUCCUCUCAAACUCCAUGGAUUGCACUGCCAGAAUUUGGGAUAUUCAGCCAUUCGCACCUAGUGAAAGAUGUGUUCGCGUAUUCCAUGGACAUCAACAUAAUUUCGAGAAGAAUCUCCUCAAAACAGCAUGGUCUCCCGAUUCGAAACGAAUCUCCGUCGGUUCUUCAGAUAGGUUUACCUAUGUUUAUGAUGUGGCCAAGGCCAGUGUUGAAUACAAACUUCCUGGACAUCAAGGUUCAGUGAAUGCCGUCGACUUUCAUCCAGAAGAAUUGAUUCUUUUGUCGGCAGCGAGCGAUAAGAAAAUUUAUCUGGGAGAACUGGAACCUUGUACUUCUCCCAAUACUUUAUAA